UUCAAAAAGAAAGAAAGACAUUGAUAAUGAUUUUGCAAGAAGGCUUGCCGCUUCUCUACCAGCAGUUCACGGCGUUGUUUACGAAGAAUCUAUUGCUUUCAUGGCGAAACAAGAGAGCCAUGUUUCUUCAAAUAUUCUCUUCGUUCUUCUUCAUCCUUCUCAUAUUUUGUAUAGAGGAAGCCAUGAAGGCAAGCGAAGCAUCCUCAUCAGCGUACAAGAAUGUCACUGAUCCUACACUAAUGGUUUUCCCGCCGAUUCUUCCUUGUGAGGACAAGUUCUUUGUGGAGCUCCCUUGUUAUGACUUCGUGUGGAGUGGGAACCAAAGUCGUCGCGUGAAUGAUAUAGUCUCUGCAAUUAUGGCUAACAAUCCAGGGAGACCAAUUCCAACCAACAAGGUUCAAUCAUUCAAGGAGCCAAACGAGGUAGAUGCAUGGCUUCUUUCACAUCCGUUGCAAGUUCCAGGAGCUUUACAUUUUGUGGAAAGGAAUGCUACAGUAAUCAGCUAUGGUAUUCAAACAAAUUCGUCCGCAGAGAGAAAACGUGGUCAGACUGAAGAUCCAACGUUUAAGUUCCUUGUUCCUCUUCAAGUCGCUGCAGAGCGUGAAAUCGCAAGGUCCUUGAUUGGAGAUCCAAAGUUUAGUUGGAGUUUUGGAUUUAAGGAAUUUGCACGUCCAGCUAUCAUAGGUGAAAGUGUCUCUGCAAUCUCAGUCAUGGGACCUGUGUUCUUUCUUGCUUUCUCCAUGUUUGGUUUUGUUCUCCAACUCGGUUCCCUUGUUACCGAGAAAGAGCUAAAACUUCGGCAGGCAAUGACAAUGAUGGGUGUUUAUGAUUCUGCAUACUGGUUGUCAUGGCUCUUAUGGGAAGGAAUCCUUACCUUUGUCUCCUCACUUUUCUUGGUCCUCUUCGGAAUGAUGUUUCGGUUUGAGUUUUUCUUGAACAACAGUUUUCUUGUUGUCUUCCUACUUUUUUUGCUUUUUCAGUUUAAUAUGAUUGGCCUUGCAUUUGCGAUAUCAUCUUUCAUUAGGAAAUCAUCUUCAGCAACAACUGUCGGUUUCCUUGUGUUUCUGAUUGGUUUUAUAACACAGAUUGUAUCAGCUACUGGAUUCCCUUAUUCCAGCGCAUAUGCAGUUUCUCGCCGGGUGAUGUGGUCUCUUUUUCCACCCAACACCUUUUCUGCGGGCCUUAAGAUUCUUCUUGAUGCAACCUCAACUCCCACAACCCCUGGAAUUAGUUGGAGUAAAAGAGCCGUAUGUGAAGGGAACCAAGCAACUUGUGUAAUUUCUAUUAACAUUGUAUACCAGUGGCUUCUUGGGACAUUCCUGUUCUGGUUUGGUCUGGCUAUCUAUUUUGACAAUAUAAUUCCCAACGCAUCCGGUGUAAGAAAACCAAUCUUCUACUUUUUCGCACCUGGUUAUUGGACUGGCAAAGGAGGCAACAAAGUGGAAGAAGGUAGCAUUUUUAGCUGUAUUGGUUCUGUUCCACCUGUGGAGCAUCAUACGCCAGAGGACAAAGACGUGCUUGAAGAAGAGACAGAAGUUAAACAACAAGCAAUGGAUGGAAUAGUUGAUCCUAACAUUGCAGUCCAGAUACAUGGUCUUGCGAAAACAUAUCCUGGAACAACAAAGCUUGGAUGCUGCAAAUGCACGAAAACUUCGCCUUUUCAUGCUGUAAAGGGUUUGUGGUUGAAUAUUGCCAAAGAUCAGUUGUUUUGUCUUCUUGGACCCAAUGGCGCAGGGAAAACAACUUCUAUUAGUUGUUUGACUGGCAUUAACCCAGUUACUGGUGGUGAUGCUCUUAUUUAUGGAGACUCCAUAAGAAGUUCGGUGGGUAUGUCUAACAUUCGUAAAAUGAUAGGAGUGUGUCCCCAGUUUGAUAUUCUUUGGGAUGCUUUGUCUAGUGAAGAGCACCUCCACCUCUUUGCUAGCAUCAAAGGGUUGCCGCAAGAAUCGAUCGAAUCGACUGCUGAGAAGUUACUGGCGGACGUAAAACUGACUGGAUCGGCGAAAGUUAGAGCAGGAAGUUAUAGUGGUGGAAUGAAACGUCGACUCAGUGUUGCAGUAGCACUCAUUGGUGAUCCCAAGCUGGUCUUCUUAGAUGAACCGACAACUGGAAUGGACCCUAUCACGAGGAGACAUGUGUGGGACAUUAUACAAGAGUCAAAGAAAGGUCGUGCCAUUAUACUAACAACGCAUUCUAUGGAGGAAGCUGAUAUUUUAAGUGAUCGAAUAGGGAUCAUGGCUAAAGGCAGGCUCCGUUGCAUUGGGACCUCAAUCAGGUUAAAAUCCCGCUUUGGCACGGGAUUUGUUGCUACCGUUAGCUUCAUCGAAAGCAAAAAUGACAAUAACAUCGCUACUGGAGCUUCGCACGAGCCAUUGAAGAAAUUCUUCAAAGAGGUACAUACACUCAAAAAAGUGUUUCUGAAUAUCGCAAGACGUGCUGAACUAGAAACCGCAACAGCUGAAGGAAACAUGGUUACUCUUGAGUUAAAAUCAGGCAUCUCACUAGAGAUACCUGUGGGAGCAAGAUUUGUUGGGAUCCCUGAAACAGAAAACGCAGAGAAUCCAAGUGGAGUAAUGGUGGAAGUGUACUGGCAACAAGACGGGUCAGGAUCGAUGUGCAUCUCAGGACACUCAUCAGAGAUGCGGGUACCACAGAAUGUUCCGAUGACACGUCCACCAUCACCAGAUGCAUUAGGAGGACUUAAAGAGCUACGACAAGGUGUUCGUGGUAUCGUGAUUGAUUUAUGAAUCUAACAAUUCAAUACUUGUCGUUGUUGGAAUCGUGAACAAAGAUUCAUAGUAUA